AGGCCUAUGAGAGGCACAAACCAUUCAAGUGUCUCUGAGUUUCUCCUACUGGGACUCUCCAGGCAGCCCCAGCAACAGCUUCUCUUCCUGCUCUUCUUCAUCAUGUACCUGGCCACCGUCCUCGGAAACCUGCUCAUCAUCCUGGCCAUCAGCACUGAGUCCCGCCUGCACACCCCCAUGUACUUCUUCCUUAGUAACCUGUCAUUUGUGGACGUCUGCUUCUCCUCCACCACUGUCCCCAAGGUACUGACUAAUUACAUACUUAGUCGUCAGGCCAUCUCUUUCCCUGAGUGUCUCACACAGAUUUAUUUCUUCUGUGUGUUUGCUGUCAUGGACAAUUUCCUCCUGGCUGUAAUGGCCUAUGACCGCUUUGUGGCAAUAUGCCACCCCUUAUACUACACAACAAAGAUUACUCAUCAGCUCUGUGCCCUGCUUGUUGUUGGGUCAUGGGUCAUUGCCAACCUGAAUGGUCUGUUGCACACGCUGAUGGUGGCUAGACUCUCUUUCUGUGCAGACAACAUCAUUCCCCAGUUCUUCUGUGAGUUGACUCCCAUUCUGAAACUCGCCUGCUCAGACACACACCUCAAUGAGCUGAUGAUUCUUUUUGUAGCAGGGAUGCUAAUGAUAGCCCCAUUUAUUUGCAUCCUGGUGUCAUAUGUCUUUAUUACUUGUGCUAUCCUGAGAGUUUCAUCCACAAGUGGAAAAAGGAAAGCCUUCUCCACCUGCAGCUCCCACCUGGCUGUGGUCUGCCUCUUCUAUGGCACCAUCAUAUCUCUGUAUUUCAACCCCUCAUCCUCUCACUCCUCAGGGAAGGACACGGCAGCUGCUGUGAUGUAUGCAGUGGUGACCCCCAUGCUGAACCCUUUCAUCUACAGCCUAAGGAACAAGGACAUGAAAGGGGCUCUAAGGAAAGUGGUUACCAUGAAUUUUUUAUGCAUUCAAUGUGAAAAGAGCUAA